AAGGAAAAGACUAAUAUCUUCUUUUGAUCAAAGCUUCAGUCUCUGCAAUUUCAACAAUAUCACAAGGAUCCGCUCAUGAAGUUGGUGUUUCUCAAGUUCAGAUCUUCGUUUCCGACCACCGGUGAGUCCCGGAAGGAACGUCUAAACAACAUGUCUAGCAAGUCAAGCAUCGUCAAUAGAGAGUAUACACAAGCUUUCAGGACCAGGUCCUACGUGGAAAUGUGUACUAAAGUCCAAUCCCAGCUUGGAAGAAUAAGCAUCAACAGAUCACUAUCGUCGCCUUCUCUGUCCGACACACACCUCUCAGAAUCGCUCCUCGAGCCAGGCCGGGAAACUCUCGCAAACAUGAUCAAGACUCUGAAUAUCCAUCAUCUUCUCGUCGACUACUUCCUGGUGAGCUCGGACGCGUGUGACGUGUGUGAGUUGCUCCUCCGGGCGAUCCACCAGACUCACGCCAAUUACCAAAGCAUCGGAAGGGCAAUUGAGUUGGCAGAAAUUGUAUCUGAAGACGCCAGUCACAAGGAAGAGCAGAACCGUCUGAUAUGCCGAGAGCUGUCUCUGUUCGCCUCGCUAACAAACCCUUUGUCGGCGAUAACCUGGGUCCAGUUCCAGGGCAUGCACGAUCGUUGCAUGGCAUUGUUUCAUGAAUUGAAGUCCAAGCACAAGAAAAUGCGGAGGAGAAUGAAGAUGUUUAAGGCUUGCAAGAGGGUCGGAGGGCUCGGGCUGAUCAUUUUCUCAAGCACGAUCACAGCCGCCGCGCUGGUGGUGGCAAUUCACAGCACCGUCGGCAUCUUGGCAGUGCUGGGGUUGGUGGCGAGCUGCUGUGCCAGGACGUGCGAUAGGAAGGGGAAGUCCAUUAGGUCAUCAUCAUAUCCAGAGAAAAGCUCACCAACAGGAGUUUGUGCAUCGCUGGACAUCGCGGCGAAAGGGAUGUACGUACUGAUCAAUGACAUGGACACCGUAAGCAGGUUGGCCGGGAGAUUGCACGACGAGGUUGAGCAUGGAAGAUGGAGGGCUGGGAUGGCGGCGAGAAAUUGCACAAGGAUGGGUGAGAUCAUGUGGGAGGUUUUGAAGGAGUUUCAUGCGCACACUGCAUGUUUCUUGGAGCAGCUAAAGGAGCUUGAGGAGCACAUUUACUUCUGUCUUGUCACCAUGAACAGGUCAAGAAGGUUGGUUGUGGAAGAGAUCUUGAUCUCUCAGUCCAUGAGCUGAAUCAAAGCGGUUAUUGAUCAAUUUACCUGACAAUUAAUUGCUUGUCAAUUUAUACCUUUUUGCGGGCUAGGGUUUCCUUCUUUUCUCUCUCUCUAUUGGCAAACCCCCUCAUCUCCCAAAAAUCCUUCCCUCUUUCGAAAUUGUCCUGUAGGCUAACCUUCCGUUUCUGAAGCCGAGAUCUGACUUAGCCUCUGAUUUUCUUUUUCUU